AUGCUUUUGUGUGUACCUAUCCUUGGGCACAAACCUAUGCCUCAGCAGCAUCGAUUCGGUGGCGUGAAUGAUCAGGGAGGAUGGGGGACGGCGGUGACAUCACAACUGAAGCAGAACGGCCUUGCAGAGGACCAGGAGAAGCGCGAAAUGCGACAUCCGGCCCCCUUCUCACACGAACCUGCUGCCCUUCGGGCUCUGGAGGAGUGCGACUACAGUACGAAAAUUACUCUUCAAAUGGCAAAGUCUGGGAAGGCUCCGCGUCGUGUACGCGUCUACGCAGAUGGCGUCUACGACAUGUUUCACUCAGGUCACGCGCGUCAACUCAUGCAGGCCUCCAACGCCAUCCCGAACACUUACCUCAUUGUCGGCGUGACCAGCGACGCAGACACCCUGUUCCACAAGGGUCAGACUGUGAUGAACGAGCGCGAGCGCUACGAGGCUGUCCGGCACUGUCGAUAUGUGGACGAGGUCAUCGUGGCUGCCCCUUGGGAGUGCACCAUCGAUUUCCUAAGGUUACACAAGAUUGACUUCAUUGCUCACGACGACAUACCAUACGCAGGUGACCGGUUGAAUGAUAUAUAUCAACCUUUUAAGGACGCUGGAAUGUUUUUGACAACACAACGAAGUGAAGGAAUAUCGACGACAGAUGUAAUUGCACGGAUAUUGAAAGAUUAUGAUGUUUAUCUCAGACGAAACAUUAGUCGUGGGCUAACUCGGCACGAUUUAAACAUUAGCUAUGUCAAGGAAAAGCAGCUGCUCUUAGAGAACAACAUUCAGACAAUAGUGGAGAGGGGUAGUCACUUCCUUGGUGAUUUCGGGAGCAGGCGUCGGCGGAUAGUGGCGGGUCUGGAGGACCUCUACCAGGAGUUUUCGGCUUCCUUCGUACGUUUCUUCGGUACACAGGGUUUGCUGCGUCAUUGGCUCUCGGACACUACUGCGGCCAUCCGCGGCGUUGUUUCGCCUCACGCCUCAGCCUCUCUGCCUCCUUCUCCCCUUUCUGACUACGACGCUAACUCUAACGCCGCUGACAGGGAUAGCACUCGCAACUCCGACAGAUCGACCGGCCGCUCAGGAAAACGACCUCCCUUCAAGUCUGAUGACUCCAUACUCGAUUCUGCGUCAAGGAAACGUAGUCGGCGUUAG